ACCACUCUCGCUACAUCUACCCACCCCUAAUCGCCGACGCUCCUUCGAUACUCGCUCACUCUCAGGAAAGCAUUUUAACGAACAAGUCUCAAACACCCACUCUUUCAUCAUAAUGUCUGACUACGGAGGAGGCGACGAUGGGGAGAACGAGUAACCACCCCUCAAGAUAUCCCAUACAUAUCCCACUAUAUUGCACCUCACCCCCCCUCCCCUCAAAGCGGAAGCUGACCCCAAACCCAAUAAUGGCAACAACAACAACAGCUUCGCUCAAGACGCCUACGAAAAUGACUACGAAGAGAAUGACUUCGACGCCGACCCACAAGACAUCCUCUCGGACAACGGCGAUGAGAACGGCGUGACCAACGGGAAUCACGACUACGUAGCCUCCGGCGAUCCGGCCGCGACCGCGGCAGCAGCUUCUGGCGCGGCGCGCGGUGGAAAAGAUCCAAAGCGCAUUCCCGACGACAAGCGUACCACCACCCCAUACCUGACCAAGUACGAACGCGCUAGGGUGCUCGGGACCCGGGCGCUACAGAUCAGUAUGAAUGCGCCGGUACUCGUUGAUACCGGUGGUGAGACGGACCCGCUGUUGAUCGCUAUCAAGGAGCUGCAGGAGAAGAAGAUUCCACUGGUUGUCAGGAGAUACCUGCCAGAUGGAUAGUGAGUUUUUUUCUUCUCCUCCCCACCCUUCCUCCUAGGCGGAUGUUGGGCAGUAUUUGUCGGUGCUGACUAGUGGCGCAGUUAUGAGGAUUGGACCUGCGAUGAGUUGCUCUAAAUUUCCCGCUAUUGUGGAUGUAAUGGUGAUAUAUCAAUUGGAUGGAGAUGGUCAGUUGUUUGUGGAGCUUUCGUCUCUCCACUGCGAAAUCAAAAAAUCAAAAAUCCUGUUCGCUGUCCAUUGGAGCGGGAAACCAGAGAUCGGAGUCACAAAGGCAGGGUCUACUUUUCAGUUUUUUUCUUAUAUUUUUUGUUUCCUUCAUACGUUUUACUCUUUACCCCUUUGACAUCAAUAUUAUACUGUUCGCGAUUGAUUCUUUAACAAUCGAAUACUAGUAACCUUCUACACUAGACUGGGUAGCGCAAGGAGAGGUAGUCUCCCUGGCCUGCAUUUGCUCUCUAUUGUAUAAUAGUAAACAAUUGAAUUGAGC